UGAUGACGUCCCUGAGGGCCGAGGCUCGAGAUGCUCUCUGGAGGGAGGCUGGUCGUCACUGCGCCCGGAGCAGCAGGCCUGCCGCUUCCCGGGCACACUCACGCUCACGCUCACGCAGGAAAUCUGAGCUGCGGAACAUCUUCUAGUCUGGCUGGCCGUCGCCGGUCAUGCGGUGGGCCCGAAAUAAACUCCCUGCUUCAAAGGAGCGUGUUUCAGAACUGCCUGGCAGAGCCACCAGAAGCUCAGGGCCAGGGCAGGAGGAAAACUCGGGGCGCAUGUGCUGAAUUAGGACAGGCUCGAGAAAACCUUAUGUCCCCUGAGCCGGACUCUGCAGCAGAGCCUAACAGGGUGUUCUGAUUGGCUGCUUCCUCCUCCCCCGAGGGUCUCUCCGCGAGGCCGGGUGAGAGGGGCAGAGGAUGGCCACGGAGAUCAGCGCUCCGGGCGGGCAGCGCGCCAUCGGGCACGAGGAGUACAGCCUCUACGGCAGCCUGAGCGAGGACGAGCUGAUCCAGAUGGCCAUCGAGCAGAGCCUGGCCGACAAGACCCGGGGCCCCACCGCCCCAGAGGCCGCUGGGCCCACCCGUGCCAACCGCCAACCUGCCCAUUUCUACCCGUGGACCAGGUCGACUGCGCCUCCCGAGAGCCCGGCCGCCUCAGGCCCCAUGGGGCUGUUCCAAGGGGUCCUGCAGAAAUACAAGAGCAGCAAGACCUCAGAGCUGGCGCCCCUGGACCCCGUGCUAAAGGCCAUCAAGGAAGGUGAUGAGGAGGCCCUGAAGGCCAUGAUCAAGGCGGGGAAGAACCUUGCGGAGCCCAACAAGGAGGGCUGGCUGCCGCUGCACGAGGCCGCCUACUACGGCCAGCUGGACUGCCUGAGGGCCCUGCAGCGAGCGUACCCCGCAACCCUGGACCAGCGCACCUUGCAGGAGGAAACGGCCCUUUACCUGGCCACGUGCAGGGGACACCUGGACUGUCUCCUCUCCCUGCUCCAGGCGGGGGCCGAGCCUGACAUCUCCAACAAGAGCCGGGAGACGCCCCUCUACAAAGCCUGUGAGCACAAGAACGUGGAGGCAGUGAGGAUCCUGGUGCAGCACAACGCGGACACCAACCACCGCUGCAACCGUGGCUGGACCGCCUUGCACGAGUCUGUUUCUCGCAAUGACCUGGAGGUCAUGGAGAUCCUGGUGCGGGGUGGCGCCAAGGUGGAGUCCAAGAACGCCUACGGCAUCACCCCCUUGUUCGUGGCUGCCCAGAGCGGGCAGCUGGAGGCGCUGAGGUUCCUGGCCAAGCACGAGGCUGACAUCAACACGCAGGCCAGCGACGGCGCGUCCGCCCUCUACGAGGCCUGCAAGAACGAACACGAGGCCGUGGUGGACUUCCUGCUGUCACAGGGCGCUGACGCCAACAAGGCCAACAAGGACGGCCUGCUCCCCCUGCACGUCGCCUCCAAGAAGGGCAACUACAGGGUCGUGCAGAUGCUGCUGCCGGUGACGAGCCGCACGCGGGUGCGCCGGAGCGGCAUCAGCCCGCUGCACCUGGCGGCCGAGCGCAACCACGACGCGGUGCUCGAGGCGCUGCUGGCCGCGCGCUUCGACGUGAACGCGCCGCUGGCGCCCGAGCGCGCGCGCCUCUACGAGGACCGGCGCAGCUCCGCGCUCUACUUCGCCGUGGCCAACAACAACGCGCGCGCCACGGAGCUGCUGCUGCGCGCCGGCGCCCACCCCGACCCCGACCGCGACGCCAUCCGGCCGCUGCUGGUGGCCGUGCGCCACGGCUGCCCGCGCACGCUGCAGCUGCUGCUGGACCACGGCGCCGACAUCGACGCGCGCGUGGCCGCGCACCCCACCGCCUUCCCCGCCACCAUCAUGUUCGCCAUGAAGUGCCUGUCGCUGCUCAAGUUCCUCCUGGACCUCGGCUGCGACGGCGAGGCCUGCUUCUCCUGCCGCUACGGCAGCGGCGCGCACCCGCCCGCCCCCGCGCGCGCCGCCGGGCUCCGCGACGCGCCCGCCAGCCCCGCCGACGGCAAGGCGCCCUGCGCGGUCCAGUUCUGCGAGAUCCUGUCCACCCCCGAGGUGAGCCGCUGGGCAGGGCCUAUCAUUGACGUCCUGCUGGACUACGUGGGCAACGUGCAGCUCUGCUCGCGGCUGAAGGAGCACAUCGACAGCUUUGCGGACUGGGCGGUCAUCAAGGAGAAGGCAGAACUUCCGAGGCCUCUGGCCCACCUCUGCCGGCUGCGGGUUCGGAAGGCUGUGGGGAAGCACCGCCUAAAGCUGCUGGACACGCUGCCGCUCCCGGGCAGGCUCCUCAGAUACCUGAAAUACGAGAGCAUGCAGUAGCCGGUCGCGGCCGGGGUGACGCCUCGGACUCGUCGCGCAGUCUCGGGAUGGGGGUGUCCCGAAUCUAAGGGGAGCUGGUGGCGGACAAGCCGGGGGGCUGGCUGCCUCUGAGCACGGCCCCGCCGCGGUCUCCAGGUCUCUGGCCAGAGCUUUGCCCCGAGAGAGCAGCAUGUCUCGAGGAGGAGAAAAACCAUGAGGAUCCCCGAACUUCUCUGCCAUCGGGACUGGGCCUGAGAAAGGGGGGCAGUGCAGAACUUGGGGUGGUCUGGCUGCAGCUGCAGGACUUUCAGCCACGAGUCUGCCUUUCUUGGACAGGCUGAGCUGUCCCCAUGGCCCUCCCCCUUUGCGCUGAGACUCCCCUUGACAAGCCCCGAGGGGGGCGGGGAGCUGGGGCCCAGAGGGCUUCCUUAAGCACAAUAAAUGUACCCACGCCACCUGCCUCCCUCCCUCGCCCACCCUCCUCCACUGUCCUCUGCCCUGUCCCCCGGCC